AUGGCAGGCCAGGACAAGAAGAAGUCCAAGAAGACCGGAGCCAGAGAGGCUGGCCCGGUGAUCACUGAUCCCCGUUUUGCGAAUAUCCAAAGCGAUCCUCGUUAUCGCCUGCCGAGCAAGCGCCAGACUCAUGUCAAACUCGACAAGCGCUUCCAGCACAUGCUGGAGGACAAGGACUUCUCCCGCAAUGCUGCCGUGGACCGAUAUGGACGCAAAUUGGCAAAGGACGAUACCAAGAAACAACUGAAGAAGUUCUAUAGCUUGGAAGAUGACGAUGAAGACGAGGAGGACGACGAGGCUCUGAGCGCAGAUGACGACGAUGAGGUCCAAAAAGAGUUGAAGCGCGUGGAAGAACGCUCAUAUGACCCGGCUAGAGAUGGUGGUUUCACAGACUCGUCAUCUGAAGAGAGCUCCAGCGAUGACGACGACGAAGACGAAGCGGAGGUUGAAGAUGAUGAAGUCGAGUUCCCAGACAAGCAGCAAGCCAAUGUGCCGCUCGGAGAGGUUACGAAUCGCAUCGCCGUUGUCAACUUGGAUUGGGAUAACAUUCGCGCUGAGGACUUGAUGGCUUGUUUCUCCAGUUUCCUACCAGCGGGUGGCCGUGUUCAAAAUGUGACUGUGUACCCCAGUGAAUUCGGAAAGGAGCGCAUGGAGAAGGAAGAGAUCGAGGGUCCUCCAAGAGAAAUUUUUGCCUCAGCCAGCGGAGGUCCUGCAGAUGAGGACGAGGAGGAGGAACUUGAUUCUGAGGAGGAAGAGGAGCAAAUUAAGAAGUCUCUGCUCAAGCCCGACACGGGCGAAGAAUUCAAUUCUACGAAACUGCGGCAAUACCAACUGGAGCGACUCCGCUACUUCUACGCUAUCCUUACGUUCUCCAACAAAGAAUGUGCCAAGCACGUUUACGACCUCGUCGAUGGUGCCGAGUACCUUUCCAGCGCCAACUUCUUCGACCUUCGCUUCGUUCCCGAUGAUACCGAUUUCUCCGAUGACAAGCCUCGCGAUGCAUGCUCUCGAAUCCCCGAUGGGUACAAGCCGAACGAAUUCGUCACAGACGCUUUGCAACACAGUAAGGUCAAGUUGACCUGGGAUGCGGACGACAAGUCACGGAAAGAGGCACAGGCUCGGGCGUUCCGCGGUUCUCGGAAAGAAAUCGAUGAGAACGACCUGAAGGCCUACCUUGGAAGCGAUAGUUCCGAGAGCGAGGAUGAGGAAGAUGGCGGCGUGGAGGUGGUCGAUAACACUGCAAACGAGGGCACAAGUGUCAAGCUUUCCAAGAAGGAGGCCGAGAGACAACGCAUGCGUGCAUUGCUGGGUCUGAGCACCGAGCCUACUCCUUCAUCCAAAUCAGCUGGCCCUGUCGGUGAGAUGGAGGUUACCUUCACAUCUGGUCUCGCCGGCGGCCGUGGCAAGGAUACUGAUAUCUUUGAGAACGAGCCUCAAAUUGAAGAGACGGCUCUCGAGCGCUACGUGCGGAAGGAGCGCGAACGCAAGAAGAGACGCAAGGAAAAGCGUCAGGCCGAGAAACGGGGUGAGGAUCCAGAUGCGGAGGGUGGUUCUGAUGCGGAGGAUGAACCUGCUCCAGAGGAGCAAGCGGAAGAAGAGUUGGGCUUCAACGAUCCCUUCUUCGACGACCCUAGUGGCAAGGCUACAUCUGCAGCCCGUCGCAAGGAGGAGAAGCGCAAGAAGCGCGAGGAACGUGCUGCUGCGGAAGCUGCCUCGGCUGCCCAACGCGCCGAACUGGAGCUACUGAUGGUGGACGAUGAGAAGGCCAAGAUCCAGCACUUUGAUAUGAACGAGAUUGAAAGGGCAGAGAAACAGGCCCGGCGGAAGGGCAAGAGCAAGGGCAAGGGCAAGACCAAGGAGGCUGCCGCUGCGGUUGCGGACGAUUUCAAUGUCAAUGUCAACGAUCCCCGUUUCUCUCGCCUGUUUGAGAGCCACGAGUUCGCCAUUGACCCGACCAACCCUCGCUUCAAGGCCACCUCCGGCAUGAAGGCCCUCCUAGACGAGGGUCGCAAGCGCCGACACACUGGAGAUGACGGUGAGCCGGAGGAACCUACGGACAGCCGGGAUCGGUCAAAGAAGCAAAAGAAGGGCUCUAAGGAGUCUGGACUGGAUGACUUGAAACAACUGGCUGCUAAGGUCAAGCGGCGGUCCAAAGCGUGA